AUGAAUUCUUGCGCAGGUCUAGGCGCACUUCAUUCUGGAAUAGGACAUGCGCACUACUCGGGACUACUUUCAACGAUUGGAAUAUCGUCUCUGUCUUCAAGUAACUUCAAAAACCGCAAGCGAGAGAGUGGAAAGGCAGUAGAAGAAGUGGCCAGGGAGUCUUGUCAACGAUUUAACGAUGAAGAGAAGAGAUUAUCGUCAACUGGGGAAGAAGUCGUAAAAGUGGGUGUGUCGUACGACAUGGGUUGGAGAAAAAGAGGCUGUAGUCAUGAUUCCUCGUCAGGAGCAGGAACAGCAGUAGGCUUGCAGACCAGUAAAGUUAUCAGCUAUGCCACUCGUAAUACAAUUUGUCGGGUUUGUGCUGAAGCCCAAAAAAAGAAUCAGGAGGCAGUCGCACAUGAUUGCUGCAAAAACCACCAAGGAUCCUCCAAAAGCAUGGAGGCUAACGUAGCUGUCGAGUUGUUUUCUGGUGCAUUGAGCAGUGNCCGACCUUAAGAUCUGCCUUGCCAUAUCAUAAAGUUCCAAAUAUGAAUCAGUCUUACGUGGUGAAUCUGGAAAUGUUAACAACCGCUUUGGAGGAAUGUAUGAAUUGUCACGAAGGACCCCUAGAUUUGAGUAACAGUUGCAACGUUGGCAACGAAGGAGUGUGCCCAGUCAUGAAAGUAAAAUGUGCCCGCUGUGAUCACAUUAAUAUUCUUCGCCCAGCAGAACAUCAUCGAACGGGAAAAAGAGGUCCCCCAACUUUUGACAUGAAUUCUUGCGCAGGUCUAGGCGCACUUCAUUCUGGAAUAGGACAUGCGCACUACUUGGGACUACUUUCAACGAUUGGAAUAUCGUCUCUGUCUUCAAGUAACUUCAAAAACCGCAAGCGAGAGAGUGGAAAGGCAGUAGAAGAAGUGGCCAGGGAGUCUUGUCAACGAUUUAACGAUGAAGAGAAGAGAUUAUCGUCAACUGGGGAAGAAGUCGUAAAAGUGGGUGUGUCGUACGACAUGGGUUGGAGAAAAAGAGGCUGUAGUCAUGAUUCCUCGUCAGGAGCAGGAACAGCAGUAGGCUUGCAGACCAGUAAAGUUAUCAGCUAUGCCACUCGUAAUACAAUUUGUCGGGUUUGUGCUGAAGCCCAAAAAAAGAAUCAGGAGGCAGUCGCACAUGAUUGCUGCAAAAACCACCAAGGAUCCUCCAAAAGCAUGGAGGCUAACGUAGCUGUCGAGUUGUUUUCUGGUGCAUUGAGCAGUGGUGUAGCUUACACUACUUAUGUGGGAGAUGAUGACAGUGCCAAAAGAGAAAGUCAUCGUAAAGCGCUAGUUACCUACGAUAUCGAGAAAUGGAGACGUAAAUCAUGCAAGUUGAGCGCUAGGAACACGUUUAUUUGCAGCAAAAGGGAAGGUGAAAGGGUUGACACCGAAUAUUAUAUCCUACCUUCAGAGGUUCUUCACUUAUUGCGUUAACCAAAACAACGGCCAGCCAUUGCUGUUAAUGGAAGGAUUUUCCACCAUAGUACCACACGCAUUUGGAGAUCACAAUAAGUGCAGCGCAUCCUGGUGUGGUUACAAAAAAGAUCCAAAAUGUUAUAAGCACGGACAUCUUUGGGGGAAGGAUUUGAAGGGCGAAGACCUGCGCGCGGUGCUUGAAGAUGCUCUUUGGCCAUUUAUGUCUGAGGAAUCAGCAAAGAAGCUAGCCCCUUGUGGCUCGUCACAGCGUAAUGAAUGCAUUAACAGCGUGGUUGGUUCUAAAGCCCCAAAAAUCAGGCACUACGGAGGGUCUGAAAGUAGCGACUUUUGA